AUGAUGAAGCUCCUACUCCUGCUAUUGAAACACCCUCUACGCAGUCUGAUCUUUUCCUAUUCCUUCCUGGUGCAAAUCUUACUGGUCCUCCUGCGACGGGCUCUGCUGCCACAUUUCCCCGUAUAUCAGACACUGCGGAUCCAGAUCCAGCGAGCAUAUUUGGGCUCGGCUUCUCUGACUUUUCCCGACUUGACCCACAGGCUGCCGGUGGGCAAGUUGCCCAUCGGCCGAGCUCGUAAGGUCGAUGGAUCUGUCCCAGCCUAUCUGAUCCCUGGCCGACGGGAGCUUGCUGAGUUUGCGGUCCCAAACCCGAAACGUCAACAGUGUGUCGUAAUCUACGCUCAUGGUGGCGGCUACGCGCGCGGUGAAGCGAGGAUGUAUCUCAGGUACAUGGAGCGGUGGGUCCGAGAGGCGUCCAAAGAGAACUUGGACCUCGUCUUCGUGAGCGUUGAAUAUCCUUUAUCGGUCAAAGAGAGUCAUCCGGCACAGAAAAAUGCCUUUCUUCAAGUCUACAGAUACGUUCUUGAUCAGAAUAUACCCCCGGAGCGUAUUGUAUUCAUGGGCGACUCUGCUGGAGGCUCAUUAUGCCUCCUUGCAGAAAUGGACCUCAAUGCUCUGAAUCUCCCACAGCCGGCGGCCACGAUCCUGAUCUCGCCAUGGCUCGACAUGAACUGCAAGAUCUACGAAGGAGGAAACGGAGCCGUCGAAACCGACUACUUCAUGGUAGCCAACAAAGCUGUUCCCGCACUGGCCAAGCUCUUUGUGGGCGACGUACCUGGCGACUCGCCAGAGGUCAACCCACUUCACCAUCGACCAGAAGCGCUCGCAGGGCUGGGCCCGCAGUUGAUCUUCACCGGGGGAGCGGAGUUUGCGCGCUAUGACUCGGAGAAAUGGGCCGAGCUUUGUCGCGCUGCAGGCGUCGAGUGCAAGCUGAUCAUCGAAUGGGCCCAAAUACACAUCUACGCGGUCGGGUCGAAGUUCACAGAUCCGGCUGUGCGCAGAAAAACUGAUGGCUUGAUCAUCCAGUGGAUCAAGGAGCAUGUUCGAGCGUGA